UUACCGCGGACUAUUGCAAGUCUAUCUACUUACGUAUACGAGGGGUUCCGAAAGGAUUAAACUAUCAAAAUGGUAUGUAAACAUGUACCAUGAGGACGGGACUUACGAUGAUAACGCCGUGCGUACGUACCCUUUUGACCCUCCACGGAUGGCCUGGAUUGAUACGGAGAGGGACAACUCCAGUCCCAACAAUCAGAAAGAUGACUUCACAGGGACAAGGUGUGGUCUCCCGGGAGGAGCUUCACAGCUAUGUGGUACGAUGUAUGGAGGCGGUGGGGACCAAAAGGGGUCACGCUGAGGCCCUUGCGGACCUUCUAGUAUCAGCUGACUAUCGGGGUCACUACAGCCACGGCCUCAACAGACUGGACAUGUACGUCAACGAGGUCAAGGCUGGUAUGACGUCAUCAGGUCAGGAUAACGAGCCAACCGUUGUUAAGGAAACAGUGGCUUCAGCUUUAGUGGACGGCAACAAUGUUCUUGGACCUGUGGUGGGAAAGUUCUGUAUGGACCUAGCCUUGAAGAAAGCUAAGGAGGCAGGGAUAGGUUGGGUGUCCGCUCGAGGAUCUAAUCAUUUCGGCAUCGCUGGUUGGUAUACUAUACGUGCAAUGGAACAAGGGAUGCUGGGGAUGGCCUUCACCAACACCUCUCCACUAAUGGUACCGACAAGAGCCAAGGAGCCCACAUUGGGAACCAACCCUAUUAGUUUGGCUGCGCCAGGUAACGACGGCGAUGGCAUGGUGUUGGACAUGGCCACGACCAGCGUGGCUCUUGGAAAGAUAGAACUACAAGAGAGGAAGGGUGAACCUAUGCCGUCAGGAUGGGCGAUAGAUGGAACAGGAAAGGAAACACACGACCCGAGUCAGUACGCCGGUCUCCUUCCACUGGGUGGAACAGAGCAGAGCAGUGGAUAUAAGGGGUACGGACUUGCGAUGCUUGUGGAAGUAUUCUGUGGUAUUUUAUCUGGAGCAGCGUUUGGCCCCAAUGUCCGCAGUUGGAAGGAAUUUAACAGGAAGGCCAAUUUGGGCCAGUGUUUCAUUGCCAUAGAUCCACAGGCUUUUGCAGACGGCUUUCCCCAGAGAAUGAGUUCCUUGAUAGACCAUUGUCGAGGCCUUGACACGGCUGAGGGUGAGACGGAAGUACUUGUACCCGGAGACCCAGAGAGAAAACACAUGCAGGAAUGUGAUGGACUAGGAGGUAUUCCUUAUCAUCCAAAUCAAAUCAAAUUCGCCAAUGAGUUAGCAGACAGGCUCGGAGUCAAAGCGUUUGAAGUAAAGUGAUUCUUAAUACCGGACCAAUGAUCAUAUGGGAAUACCUGUACGUGUGUAAGACUGAGCUGUGAGAGUACCUGUAUAUUGUACUGAUUUUAUAGAUUUAUAAAACUUAUGGUGCCUAUAUAUAAUGUAGAUAAGGGCUGGCAUUUAUUUUACUUUUUGUUGUUACACUGGUGUUGUGCCUUCUUUGUUAUAUCUUGCCAGUAAACUUAUUGAUAUAUGUUUUAUACCGUUUAUCAGAAGCUGUAUAUUUCUAUUGGGGCAGUAUUAAAACCGGUGAAACAUA